AUGUUGAUUUACGGCUUCGACUUUACAUUUGUGGCUUACAACAGAAUAUUUCACUCGAGUUAUAGGCGUUUUAGUACCCGCGCCGGGCGUCCUCCGCCUCGGCUUCGAGCGGUCCGCACUCGUAAAAGUGCGACCGGCGCUAUUCUGCGCCCUAGAGCAAGUGCUCGGGGACGGCGAAGUAAUCUUAUCGCAUUCGAGGCCGGACAUAGGAAGGGCAUUAAUUUGACGAUCGUCGCGGAGCGGCGGGCCGAGAACGCGGCCGAAACCGGUCGGCCGUCCGUAAAUAAUGGAUUAGAGGUGGUGCGAGGGGCGAGGCGCACGCACCGGCUCGCGGCUGCGCGCACCGCUGGGGGCGCGGGGCGAAGCGCGCAGGGCCGCGGCGGGGGGACUGCGCCUCCUGUCAGCUGUUGCGCGCCCGGGAGCGCGGCGCACUGCCGCCAAUGCAUCGGCGUUCGUGGAGCGCGCUGCUCGCGUCUGAGUCUCGCGUGUGACAUAGUGUUGUGCGGUGCCACCGGGUGUGCGACCCUUGUGAUCGAUCGUGUGUGUGUGAUGGCGAGGAUGUGCAGUGCUCUGCCGGCGAGGAGCUGA